UAUAUUGCAAACAUUAUUGUAAAUAUUUCAUUCAACAGUUUUAAUACUGAUAGUUAAUAAUUUGUUAAUAAGUAUAAGUGACAUUUCUCGUGCAAAACUGAACCAUUAUCAAAGAAUCUCUUGAUUUUGACUGAUGAGCUAUCAUUUGAAGAAAACAUGUUAAAACGCAACGUCCUGUGGUGGAUGCUCCUAUUUCAACUCAUAUGCAAUACAUUUGUCACGCUGAAUAUAAAUAUCGCUAUAGUUUCCAUGACAGGAACACCAUCCUCCACUCAAGAGGAACCCAAAGUUCAUGCAGCAAUUUGCCCCAAUGAAUCGUUCUUUUUAAGAGAUUUUUUAACGACUAAUGAAUUAUCAUCGUCCAAUACUCAAGAAGGUGUGAUAUUUGAUUGGUCAGAAUCUGAGAAGAAUAUCGUACUAUCGGGGUACCACUGGUUGAAUUAUAUUUCAAUCUUACCUGGCGGAGUUCUUGCUCAUAAAUUCGGAUCAAAAAUAAUGGCAGGAUACGCGCAGCUAAUUUCUUCCACAAUGUCAUCAUUGAUCCCAAUUGUUGCAACUUAUGGCCCACUCAAAGUGGCAUGGCUCAGAGCAGUUCAAGGAGUUUUAUCUUUUAUGUCUGUGCCUGCUGCAUUAUACACCAUAAUAGGAAAAUGGGCCCCACCGCAAGAGCGUGGCAAAUUUGGGGCUGCUUUAUACAGUGGUUCAAUGGCUGGAACAAUUUCAGGAAACGUUUUAUUCGGAUACAUCGCGCAAUAUAUGAAUUGGGUAUACGUUUUUCAUUUUACUAGCAUUUGUGGAAUUAUUUGGAGCAUACUCUGGUACACAUUGAUUCACGACUCACCAAGCCAACACCCUACCAUAACGGUGGAAGAAAAAGAAUACAUCGAAAGUAGUCUGAAAGGAGCUACGUCGUCGACAAAAACCAGGAUUCCGUGGAAAAGUAUUUUGUGCAGUGUACCUGUCAUCGUUACUACAUUAGCUGCAAAUGCAUAUCUGUGGGCUUGGGUGAUGUUGUCAACCUACUCUCCAGUAUACCUCAAAACCAUUUAUGGAUUAGAUUCAAAUGAGAUUGGAAUAAUUUCAAGUAUACCUAAUAUCGUAGUGAGCAUAUUGAUAUUUGGAAUUGCAUACUGCAUCGAUUUCACAUUGAAAAGAAAAUUACUAAAUAUCACAACCAUUAGGAAAAUGUGCGCUUUUCUAGGUACCACGUUAGCUUCCAUUCCCAUAAUUAUUAUUGCAUUCACAAAAUGCGACUUGACCCUGGUCCUCAUAUGCUUCAUAAUUCAUUGCAUAGUAAGAGUUUCACUUCCGUUUGGAGCUACAUUGGGCAUCAUAGACAUAAGUCCUGAAUUUUGUGGAAUUACUGAAGGAUUAUGUGGAACGUCAGCUUCUAUUAAAAUUUUUCUAUUUACUUGUGUGGUGAAUUACUUCACGGGAAUCUUGGAAAUCAAAAAAUUGUGGGAAAUGGUAUUCUUAUAUUCUACAGGAUAUUUGAUUGUAGCCAACUUGCUGUAUUUGAUUUUUGGCACUUCUGAGGUUGAAGCCUGGAAUUUUACCAAUCACAAUGAAAAGCGUGAGUCAGAGGACAUACAAGAUGGAAAAUGCGAAGUAGCUCCUUGACAUUGAUGUUAUUUUUUUUUUCAAGUUACAAAAUACAAUAUUUUACA